UUUGAUUUUCUUUUCCUGGUGGUCCUGGAAGUCUCCUUAUUCCGGUCCGCUAGCAUUGUGCUCGUUGUCCUGACGAGAACACAAUUGAAUCUGCUAUAGAGCCAAGAAAUCUGUAACUGCCAUAAUUGGCUAUCAAUUGCACCAGCUGCAGCCUCUAGUUGUGCUCCUGCAUUCGGUGUUCGGUGCUUUCUGCCAAUUGUGACGGCAAUUAAGUUGAUCCCCAGUGCCCUGCCCAGCGCCUAGAUUGCGACCCCUCACUCCGCCGACUCCGCCCCUCUUUUAAAAGUAAGCAAAAUCCCCGACCCUUCUCCCAUCUUUUUUUCCCUGACUAUUCUCCCCCGCCCCUCACCUUUUCCAUUCCCUCCCAUCGGCAGCUUCCCCCACAUCACAUCAAAAUGUCCAACUUCAAGGUCGCCGAUAUCUCCCUUGCUGCCUUCGGGCGCCGCGAGAUCGAGCUCGCUGAGAACGAGAUGCCCGGUCUCAUGAAGACCAGAGAGAAGUAUGCUGCCGACCAGCCUCUCAAAGGUGCCCGCAUUGCUGGCUGCCUCCACAUGACCAUCCAGACUGCUGUCCUCAUCGAGACCCUGACCGCCCUCGGUGCUGAGGUUACAUGGACUUCCUGCAACAUCUUCAGCACCCAAGACCACGCCGCUGCCGCCAUUGCUGCCACCGGUGUGCCGGUCUUCGCCUGGAAGGGCGAGACCGAGGAGGAAUACAACUGGUGCUUGGAGCAGCAGCUCGUUGCCUUCAAGGACAACAAGAAGCUGAACCUUAUCCUUGACGACGGUGGUGAUCUCACUCACCUGGUCCACACCAAGUACCCCGAGAUGCUCGCCGACUGCUACGGUGUCUCUGAGGAGACCACCACUGGUGUACACCACCUCUACCGCAUGCUCAAGGAGGGCAAGCUCCUUGUUCCUGCCAUCAACGUCAACGACUCUGUCACCAAGUCCAAGUUCGACAACUUGUACGGCUGCCGCGAGUCCCUCAUUGACGGCAUCAAGCGCGCCACCGACGUGAUGAUUGCUGGCAAGAUUGGUGUUGUUGCUGGUUUCGGUGAUGUUGGCAAGGGCUGUGCUCUCGCUCUCCAGGGUAUGGGUGCCCGUGUGCUCGUCACCGAGGUUGAUCCCAUCAACGCCCUCCAGGCUGCCAUGGCUGGUUUCCAGGUGACCACCAUGGAGAAGGCCGCCAAGGUCGGCCAGAUCUUCGUUACCACCACUGGCUGCCGUGACAUUCUGGUUGGCAAGCACUUCGAGGCCAUGCCCAACGACGCCAUCGUCUGCAACAUCGGUCACUUUGACGUUGAGAUUGACGUUGCCUGGCUCAAGGCCAACGCCCAAUCUGUCCAGAACAUCAAGCCCCAGGUUGACCGUUUCCUCAUGAAGAACGGCCGCCACGUCAUCCUUUUGGCUGAGGGCCGUCUCGUCAACUUGGGCUGCGCCACUGGCCACAGCUCUUUCGUCAUGUCGUGCAGCUUCACCAACCAGGUGCUCGCUCAGAUCAUGCUUUUCAAGAACAACGAUGAGGCUUUCGCCAAGAAGUAUGUCGAGUUCGCCAAGAGUGGCAAGCUCGAGAAGAAGGUCUACGUCCUCCCCAAGAUUCUCGACGAGGAGGUUGCCCGUCUUCACUUGGACCACGUCAACGUCGAACUUGAGACUCUCACCAACGUCCAGGCUGAGUACCUCGGCCUCGACGUUGAGGGUCCUUACAAGAGCGACCACUACCGCUACUAA